AUGAGCAUUGAUGUGGCUCAGGAAGUCUGUUUCCUCUCCCAGUCUGGAGUCGGUAUCAUGGGGAACUCCCUUCUCAACAUGUUUUACCUCUCCUCGUUCCUCCUGGGUUCCAAACCAAAGCCCACAGACCUGGUCAUCAUUCACCUAGCUCUGGUCCACACCGUGAUGCUUCUUACAAGAUGGAUCACUAGAACAGCAGGAAUACUGGGGCUGCGGCUUGUACAGACCAAUGCUGAGUGUAAGCUGUUUACCUAUGUCUACCGUGUCACCCGGGGCCUCUCCAUCUGUACCACUUCCCUACUGAGCAUGGUCCAAGCCAUCACCAUCAGUCCUAUCACCUCCUACUUCUUCCAGUUCAAAGUUCAGAUCCCAAACCUCAUCCUCCCAGUCUUAGCCAUCUUGUGGAUUCCAAACAUGCUGAUAAGCACCAACCUUUUGUACCAAGUGGUCGCUUCACAUAAUGCAACUACCAUAGAGUGCAAUUGUUACAUCGUUCCCAUAAACACUCUCCUCCAGGGGCUGAUUCUCACCCUCAUGGCUCUCCGUGACAUCCUCUCUCUGGGGCUAAUGAGCUGCUCUAGUGGCUACAUGGUACUUCUCCUGCAUCAACAUAGACACCAAGUCAAGCAUCUCCAUAGUACCAGGCAAACCCCUGAAACAUCACCAGAGAGACGAGCCACCGAGACUAUUGUGCUGCUUGUGAGCUUCUUUGUAGUCUUCUACUGUGGAAACUUUGUCCUUUCCCUGUUUCUAGCUACAUCCAUGAAGAAUAAUGUCAUCCUCUUGAAUACUAACAUGUUUGUGGUCAGUGGAUAUGCCACUGUCAGCCCCCUUGUCUUGCUCACCUGUGACACAAAAGUCAUCAAGUUCCUGGGUGAUUUUCUGAGGAAUAAGACCUGGAGGUCGUCUCAGACCGUACAUCUUUCUGCAAACCCUCUUUGA